CUGCAGGGGGAGCUUUUAUGGGGGUCAAAGGAAUUUAGUCUCAACUUAUUGAUUUGAGGAAGGGGGGGGUGAGAGGACCUGUCCGGUAAGAACUUGACUUGACUUCUAAUGAGUGUUACACAAGUCAUGAAAGAGCUGAUAGUAAAAACUUUGUCACUAGCUACCUAAGCUGUAGUUAAAGCAGGGGUGUAGAGGUGAAAGACUGCAUCUAAUCCACUGAACCAUUACUGUCCCUUCAAAGCCAAGUUCUUUAUUUUUUCAGAUCCUGGUCUUAGCCCCUACAAGAGAAAUUGCCGUGCAGAUUCAUGCUGUUAUCACAACUAUUGGAAUCAAAAUGGAGGGCUUGGAAUGUCAUGUCUUCAUCGGAGGGACUCCUUUGAACCAAGACAAAAUGAGACUAAAAAAGUGUCACAUAGCUGUAGGCUCUCCAGGUCGAAUAAAGCAACUCAUAGAAUUGGACUGUCUGAAUACAGCCAGUAUCCGCCUUUUCAUUCUUGAUGAAGCUGACAAGCUUCUGGAAGAAGGCAGCUUCCAGGAACAAGUCAACUGGAUUUAUUCUUCUUUGCCAGCCAACAAACAGAUGCUGGCUGUUUCUGCUACCUACCCUGAAUCAUUGGCUAAUGCUUUGACCAGGUACAUGAGAGACCCUACCUUUGUGAGAUUGAACCCCACUGACCCAAGUCUCAUUGGGCUGAAGCAAUAUUACAAAAUUGUGAAUUCUCAUUCACUUCCUCAUAAGACUUUUGAGGAGAAGGCGGAGCACUUGCAGGAGCUCUUCAGCAAGAUUCCAUUUAAUCAGGCCUUGGUCUUCUCAAAUCUGCAUAGCAGGGCUCAACACCUGGCUGAAGUACUGACAUCCAAAGGGUUUCCUGCUGAGUGCAUUUCAGGAAGUAUGAAUCAGAACCAGCGUCUUGAUGCUAUGGCUAAAUUGAAGCAAUUCCAUUGUAGAGUCCUGAUUUCCACAGACUUAACUUCUCGUGGAAUUGAUGCUGAGAAGGUGAAUCUUGUUAUCAACCUUGAUGUGCCUUUGGACUGGGAGACGUACAUGCAUCGGAUUGGUAGAGCUGGACGCUUUGGAACCUUAGGCCUAGCUGUGACAUACUGUUGCCGUGGGGAGGAAGAGAAUAUGAUGAUGAAAAUUGCACAGAAAUGUAAUCUUCAGCUCCUUCCUUUACCAGGUACAGUCUGUCUCCUGACUAUGUCUGCAUUAUAUUCUCUUGGUUAUUUUUUUGGUUUUAAUGUGACGGUUGAAUUAACAGGUGGUCGUGAUGAACUGUGGUUUAAUAUACAGAUACUAUGUGAAGUGUAAUAGCUGCAUAUGUCUUGUAAGGCAGAGUGUUGGUACUGACAACGUACAUAAAUAGCUCUUAACUAGGUGGCCUGUACCUUUAUUUUAAAUCACUGCAAUUAUACAAAAUUAAAACUUACUGUACACUUAGGGAUAGAUUUUCAUAAGAAGGCAAUGGGAACUGCAGAAUGGAGUGCUGAGGUCUUGUGGGCUUUAUGGGUACAAUAGUGGAGUAGAAGAGAGAGGAACUGGGAAAUCUGAAUGGAUUCACCAUCACUUUUCCCCAACAACAGAUUUUACCUGUUAGCAAUGCUUUGUAUUUUCCUUUCCAUGCCCCCUUUAACAUUUUUAAUAUAUCUUAAAACUGAUGUUUUUAAUUAGGAUGUAUGCCGGAGCAGAGAGGUAAUAUUGUAUUGUGUUUGACAUUGUUAGCCAUAAAUAUACCUUCUAAUAACCGGAGUUAUUGCUCUUCUCUAAGGUUACCCUUGGAAUAAUAGGCAUAGUUUACUGUGAAUAAUUUAUGAAAAGAAUGAUGGCGUUCUACUAGAGAAAUGCAUCUAUUGUAUUUUUUUAAAAACAAAAACAAAACUUCCACCAGAAAUAUUGGUAAUAUUUAUGGAAAAAGAGCAAAUUUGGCAACUGUCACUUUACCAUCUGUUAUGAUUUGGGAUUUUGUUAUAUAACGUGCAAAACAUACUUGUUUCCUCGGAAUCAAGAAAGAAGUCUUGUGCUGCUUUUGACUGAAUGGCUGCUU